AGCAAUUUUAGUUAAAGCGACAACAAGAAAUGGACAACGUAUUCAUCUAUUUGAAAAAUAUCAGCAAAAUAUGAAUAGGUAUAAUAUAGAGCUAUUUCUGUAGGUUAAGGUCUAGGUGAAUAGCGAUCGCAUAGAAAUAAAUAGUACAAAAGAUUUAAUACAAGCGGAAUAGUAGAGGAUUUUUUAAUCCUAACUAAAACAGGAAAAAAAUCAGUCAGUCACUUUAGAUUUCAGUGUUUUUACCUACCUACAAUUUUACUGAUAAUUAUUAAUCAACGUUAGAUCGACUUUUCGUAGAUUGUUUAUUAUAUGGUGGAAAAGAAUACCAUAUAGAUACUGCGUAUUCGCCUGCUUCAUUUUAACUUACUGUUUUAGAUAUGAUAGAAGUGUGAUUAAACUGAUCUAAAGGUUUAUAUUCGAAGUUAUUGAUUAAUUUAAAGGAUUGAUCACCGUCAAAAAGGAGAGAUAAACUAAGGAUAAAAGAACAUUCUAAAAUGGAAGAAAAUGAAAACGCCAGGGCACUUUUGCAAACUGUACUCAUACCCUAUGGCUGGUUAACUUAUACUGAAAGGGAAAGAGUGGAUGCAUUUGUAAUGUCUAAUUGGAUACGUGUAUGCGAAGCAAUGAAUAUGAACUGUCUGGAAAUAGAGGCGUUGGAAGGCACUACUCAUGACAGAAAUGGAAAAAUUUUUUCUAAUAAGGCUAGAAAGGCGAUGGACUAUUUUUUGAAUCGAUUUAAAGAUACGAGUUUAAAUAAACUUUACGAGAUCUUCCAUGAGGCUGGGAUUCAAGUUGGUUGUAGUUAUUUACUUGAUUUAAUGUCGAAAAAAUUUAUCGAACACCAAGAAGAAUUAAAAAAAGCAAAAGAACUGGAGGAUCUAGCUUUGAAACAUCAUGGUACAACAAGUUCAAACGGCUUUGACAAUCAGCAAAAGUUUCUUCCAAAAAAGCCAAUACAUAAUUGUCAGACUUCUCCCUGUAGCAUUGCUAUGGAAUGUGAAGACAAUAAUAAGUGUAGAUAUUCUCUAGGCAUAAACUCUUCUUCAGCUAUGCGCAAUGAUUCCUCUCAAACUUAUACUGAAGAAACUAGUAUGGAAUAUGAUGACUCUCAUAGUAGACAACUAUCCCACAUGAAUUUUGACCAUUACGAAGAGAGAAAUAUAAGAACGAAUGGAUUACGCAUGAAUAAUCUUUCCAAUGCCAUGGAUUGUCAAAUGACAAACCAGACCAUUGAAUCACAAUCUUGCAACUCUACAGUUGUUUCCAAGAACGUCAUUUUGCCAGAAGAUUUAAGUAAAAUUUUUGCUAGACCUGGAUACAAUACAGGAACGUUUCCUAAUGCUUCUAAGAAAAGUAAGAAGACAAAUUUACCUAAACCAAUAGGUUUAGCUACGAAUACUGAAUCCCUUCCUAGUGAUUAUUGUCUUUCUCAACGAACCACAUUCAGGGACUUGUCGAAAUUUCGAAGUCGCGUCUUAAUUGCCUAUGACUCUUCUGAUAAAAAGAAUAUUGAUAAGAUAACAAAUAUUGCAUGUUGGCUUAUAAAAAACAAGUUUAGGGUUGAAUUUGAUGAUUUUAAACAAGACUUAGUAAAAGAAAAUCGAGAUUGUUGGAUGUGGAAUGUUUAUAAACAGGCUCCGUUUGUAUUACUAUGCAUAACUCCAUCAUUUGAGAGGAAUUUACUAGAAGGAAAAGAUACCUCUGUACAGAAAAUAUGGAAUGAUAUUGAAGAGAGAUUAAAAAAAGAUCCAUCAAAUAGAGAAGGAAAUUCAAUCGUUCCGUUGUUAAUAUCGCCAACAAAACGAGUUCCACCCAUCUUAAAAACAAUAGUCCAUUAUAAAUGGAAAGAGGAUUGGCAGAGCCUAUCAUUCUUUCUAUCAGCCCCAUAUAAACUCCCAAUAAAUAAAGAUAGUAAAUCUUAUUCGAUUCCAUAGAAUCUACCGAGCUAAAACACAGAGAAUAUAGCAGAUGUAUAUAGUAAAAGUGCGGAUCGGAUCAUUUUUCAAUUUUUAUUAUUUUUUAUUUUUAAUUGUUGCUCAAAAUGAAAUCUUAUACGUAAAGAUAAGCUAAUUGUCUAUAUAUUAAUAUACUAAUACACGCAGGCAUUACUGGUUUGUUUUUGCGUGCAAUUUGUUUAUUGUAUUUGAUGUGAGAAUCUUCAAAGAAUAUCUUAUUUUUAAACAAUUAUAAAUCUGUACAUAGAUAAAUUUAUGGAGUAGUACGCUUAAAGGUACGUUCGUUGUUUUUUAUGGUAUAUUCUAUAUAGAGUAUAUGUUUGCAU